AUGGGGAACAAACUCACCUGCCGCUGCCUGAAGCCCAACGCCAGCCCCAAAGUGGGCCGGAGCGUUGAGUGGGUGAAUCCACACCCUGAGUCUUAUGUCUGUGAGGUGACUCAAGCUGGCCAGACAUAUAAGAACUCGGAUUUUGUGUUCUGCAAAUGCCACCCUGUGGUGCGCCUCAGUCUCCUGGAAAUUCCCAAAGGUUUAAUCCCUUCUGUCCAUCCAAGGGCUGGCACAAUUUUCCUCAAGAAAAGUCAAGUGAUCGUGGGAGGAAAGAGAAAGAACAACUAUUUCUACCAUGUGUCUCCUGGUCACCUUAGGGAAAAGUACAGCUCAUGUAAUACUAUGUAUGUUGACUACUCGAUUUCUCAGCCUGAUCUGAGAAUUGCUUUGCAGUGCGUGGCACUAGCAAUAUAUUACAACAUAAAAAACAGAAGUGGAAAUAGAUCCAAGGACAUUUUUGAAGAGAGACUCCAUCCUGUCACAGAAGAAAAGGUUCCUGAAGAAUGCUUUCAUUGUAAUCCCGAUCCCGACUCAAUUUACAAAUUUAUUCGACCUUUCUUCAUUGCCUAUGAUGUAACAGCAGGAUAUGCAAUAACGACUUUGAUUUACAUAGAACGACUUCUAAUUUAUGCUGAAAUUGAUUUGUGUCCGUCUAACUGGAAACGCAUUGUUUUGGAAGCGAUUAUUCAGGCCUACAAGUAUCUGCACGAUCUGGCUGUAUGGAAUUCUCACUUUUCCUCAUUGCUAAGGGGCACGACAGUCAAGGACUUGUGA